GUGCGCGUAGCCGUUUGUCUCAGGGAUCUGUGCACGAACUCCCUUGCACUACAGAUUACGAGCGUCAGUGUCGUACGCGAUGGAGGCAUUACUUUCUGAGUUGAUGCCAUCAGCUGUAGUUGGAAUGCUGACCUGAAGACCAACAUGCCGGGAAGCGUGUGUAGCAGCAGCAGCGUCAUACAGGCGAAAAGGAUGGUGGAUCAGCUACGAGUUGAAGCCGGCAUGGAGAGAUUCAAGAUCUCCCUAGCUGCGGCAGAGCUGGUUCAGUAUUGUCAGGAACACAGACGCAGUGACCCUCUGCUCACUGGGAUCACUGCCUCCUCCAACCCCUUUAAAGACAAGAAAACCUGCAUACUGCUUUAAGAGGCAGUUGAAUCCUGUGAGGAUUUUAUUGGCAUCAUUCAUUUGUUUGCUGCAUUUGGUACAAGAUAUGUGCUUUAUAGAUUAAAUGCAUGGUCGUUAUAAUUGACUAUUAGGAGUCUAGUUUAGAUUCAGCUGAGGAAAUUGAAGCAAUAUGGAAGGCUUUAAUUUGAUUAGCCAUCCUCCAUAGGAUGGCUAAUCAAUGUUAUAAUACAUGUACAUGUUGAAGGUAAAAUGAAUGUUUUACCAGUAAUUCCUUAGCUACAAUAACACAAAAUAUAGUACUGUGCCAAUGUGCUUCACACAGCUAGGGACCUCUGCAUUCAGCCCACAAUUGUCAGGCCAGCAAUCACAUCACAAUGUAUAUGAAAAUAACCAUACCAUACAAUCAGAAUCAUGUCUGUUUUAUUACCCAUAGUGUUGAGUACCGUGUUGACAUCUAGCGUUUUUUUUUUUUUUAAUCUGCCAGCGCUUGUUUUACAUUAUAUUUUAUGGAGCAGAGAGUUUCUGGAAAAAGUCACGGCCAUUUUUUUAAACGCCUCUCCCAGUGUUUUUUUCUGCCAUACGGAGCGUUGAAAAAAGUUCAACUUUCAGGAAGAAAGGCUCCGACGUCACUCGUCUUUUUGGCAACUGACCAAUCACAAGCGGAACAUCGAAGGAAACUCAACUGUCAAAACAAGACCGUGGUGGACAAAUCAUUCGGGAAAGUGCCGGUGGAGCGAUUAUUAGUUUUGAUUACAGAACAUGUCGAGAUCUACGAUAUGUCUAAUGGGCUCUAGCCUGGAUACAUAGUUGGCGUGUAACGUCGGGUAUAGAAUGGGUUCCAUGCUAGGCGAUAGAAUAAACGUUCUCGGCGCUUUUAGGACAAAAAACGCUGCCAGCUUUUUUUUUUUGAAAAAACGGUCGGCUCAACUUUUCGCUAUUACAAAAAAAGCUAAAUGUGAACACGGCUAGUGCAGUUCAGUUAAGGCAAGUUAAAGUAAAAUAUAUAUAUAUUUUUUAAGUUGAACAAGGUAUUGUGUACAUCACUUCAAUCUUCACAUGUGCUAUAAAUAAUGUGUGGAAAAACGAUACAGCAGUGGGGAAAUACAUGAUUAGUUACAAUGUUUUACUAGUUGGUGGUAAUAAACACCAUCUGGGACGUUAUUCUCAAAGAUAUCUUACUGUAAACUAGCUGUAAACUGUGUAUAUAGAUAUAUGAACAUGUUAGGCGUCCAGUCUUCACAUAUUACUCACUGUUAAAGACACAGCGUAUCAAAAAUGCAAUUGCAAUUGCAACUGUGAUGGACCUAAAGCAUCUGUUCAAUAAAUUAUAACUUGAAUAUAACAAUCCUCUCUAUCUUUUUAAGUCUUUCACCUUUAAAACGGUAUGACUGUGCUACACACACUAGCAACAGUUUUGUAUGAGGCAAACUGAUCCAGGAAAUUCAGGUUCCAGGGCAACUAGUCUCUUCCCGGUCUCGAGAGCUACCUCCUUCUCGGCUGGAGUGUUUGCUUUUGAUGAGGUAAUGGAAUAUGGUCCCUCCCUCAUCUACAGGGCCUCCACAC